GAGAACUGCCCGGCGCUGGGAGGGGGCUGCGCCCUGCUGAGGCGCGCAGCCUUGCAAUUCCACGUUACGUAUCGCAGUGGCGGCGGCGGCGGCGCCAGUCCGGCCAGCUGGACUGCAGCGCACGUCCCGGUGUCUGACUCUCUUCGGCUUGCCGCGGAGUUCCUCGGAUUCUGGGUUUGGUCAGUCCUGCCCCAAGGGCAACCUCAUUCCCCAUAGUUCUGGUCUACCUGCUGCUCAUCUUUGUGGGGCAGAAGUACAUGAAGUCACGGAAGGGCUUCAACCUGCAAGGGCCUCUCAUCCUUUGGUCCUUCUGCCUUACGGUCUUCAGUAUCCUCGGGGCAGUGAGGACAUGGGGAUUUAUGGUGGCCGUGCUCCUUAGGGGGAGCCUAAAGCAAACUGUGUGCUUCACCAACUCCACUGACAAUCCCAUAAUCAAAUUCUGGUCCUGCCUCUUUGUUCUCAGCAAGAUCAUUGAACUUGGAGACACGGCCUUCAUCAUCCUGCGAAAGCGGCCACUCAUCUUUGUGCACUGGUACCACCACAGCACAGUGCUACUGUAUUCAAGCUUUGGAUACAAGGACAAGGUGGCUGCGGGCGGCUGGUUCAUGACUAUGAACUACGGUGUACAUGCCAUCAUGUACACCUACUAUACUCUGAGAGCUGCCAAAGUGAAGCCCCCCAAGUGGUUUCCCAUGUUCAUCACCAGCCUGCAGAUCCUGCAGAUGUUUUUGGGAGCAACUGUCAGUAUCCUGACUUACAUCUGGAAGCAGGAACAGGGAUGCCACACCACAACGGAACAACUCUUCUGGUCCUUCAUGUUGUAUAUGACCUAUUUCCUCCUCUUUGCCCAGUUCUUCCACCAAAACUACAUUAUUCCCAAGGCCAAAGCCAAGACCAAGAGCCAGUGAAAGGCUGGAGAAUAAGAAGCCCCAAGCUCUCUCCUCCCCAAGGCACUGAGGGGCAGAGCUUAGGUUUGGGAGAAUGAUUAGGAUGCUUUUCUUUCAUGAUUUCCCCAAAGGAUGUGUGCCCUAAGGUUGCAGAAAUUGUCACCCCUGGGAUGGGGGUGUCAUCUAGUACUUUGAUGUUUCUGCUUUUAACGUGAAGGCCAAGUGGGCGCUGGGAGGGGUUAAAACUAAGGAGGCUCCCCGGAGCUGAGUUAUAGUUACAUAAGUCUUUCUUCUCCUUGAUUUUUUUUCUUUUUAGGGCCACACGUGCAGCAUGUGGAAGUUCCAGCUGCUAGCCUACGCCACAUCAACACCAGAUCUGAGCCAUGUCUGGGACCUAUACCAUAGCUCACGGCAAUGUGAGAAACUUAACCCACUGAGAAAGGCCAGGGAUUGAACCAGAAACCUCAUGGAUACUAGUCAGGCUCGUUACCGCUGAGCUCCACCAGGAACUUCCUGCUCUAUUUUUUAAAUUAAAGAUUUCAACAAGA